AUGAGGGCGCCCUCGAAAGACUCCGCCCUCCAGCGUGCCUUCAAGGCCCUCGGCCGCAGGCUCCAUGCUCCCGCCACCGACUUUGCCCACUGGCUCGCCUCGCCCAAGGGCCGUGGCGUGCUCAAGUGCACCAUCGCCUACACCAUCGCCAGCCUCGCCACCUUUAUCGGUCCUUUGUCCGACUUCCUCGGCCGGCCCGACGGUAAGCACGUCGUCGCCACCAUCACCGUCUACUUCCAUGCCUCACGCUCCGCCGGCUCCAUGAUCGAGGCCGUUCUUAUCGCCAGCGUCGCCGUCGCCUACGCCGAGGUUAUAUCCAUACUCUCCAUGGCCACCUCGGUGCUCGUCGGCUCCGUUCUCGGCCUCGUCACGCUGGCGCACGUCCUUGUCGUCGUCGUCUUCAUCGGCGGCGGCUUCGGCUUCAUGGGCUGGGUCAAGCAAAAGAUGUCCAACCCGCUCGUCAACGUCGGCAGCACGCUGGCCUCGCUCGCCAUCAUCGGCGUCGUCACCAAGGAAAACGCCGUCGUCGACAAUGUCUUCUCCAACCACAAGAUUGUGCAAGUCUUCAAGAUGCUCAUCAUGGGCAUCACCACGGCCGCAGCGGUCAACCUGCUGCUCUGGAGAGUCUCGGCCCGUACCUCGCUUCGCCAGUCGAUGAAUCGCGCCUCGACGUCGCUUGGCCAGAUGCUGUCCGUCAUUGCGAGCGACUUCCUCCAAGGUGCGGAAAGCGACCCCUCGUCCCUCGCCGAGCUGGCAGCCGCGCAGAAAGCAUACGCCGCAGCAUACCCGCAGGUCAUGACCAACCUCCGCGAGGCCAAGUUUGAGCGCUAUUUCCUCGGACAGGAGAAGCUCUACGCCCUCGAGAGAUCGACCGCCACUGCCAUUGGCACGCUCGCUCAGUCCAUUGGAGGCUUGCGGAGUGCCGCCUUCGCCCAGUCUGCCUUGCUCAAGGAGAUCCGCGGGCGAGGCACGCCGUUUUCUCCCGUCCCGCACCUCAUUUCUCCGCUGCACAGCCGGUCCUCGAGCUACACGUCACCUGGCGCCGAUGGCGACAACGGGCCGUACUUUAGCAAAAAGGCUGGAAAGGCACCCCUGCAGACGCCGACGGACACGUUCAGGGUCUUUGUGACGAUGAUGGGGCCUCACAUGGAAGCCCUCGCCGACAUCCUUUCACGCGUGCUUCGCGACCCGCCCUUUGCUGGUGCGCCCGACUACGAAGUGAGAGUCAUGGACGAUUUCAGGUUCCACUUGUCGGACGCCCUCAGCGGCUUCAACAUCACCCGCGCUGCUGCUCUGGCGGAGCUGUAUCAGCUCAUUGACCAGAGUCGAUCCCGGUCUGACAAGGCAAAGGCCGAGUUUGAGGAGAUUGCCGCGGCUUGCGGGCACUUUAGCUUCAGCCUGCAGAGCCUCGGAGAGGAAAUGUCAAAGUACUUGGACGUGGUCGACGAUCUCAAGUACGUGAGCGACCACAGCAAGCGGAGCUGGCGGUGGCUGCUGUGGUUCAGAAAGCCCUCUUCUCGGGGCCUGUCCAUGUCAGCCUUGCCUUACGAGUCGGCCGAUACGUCGAGUUGGGUGAAGCCCAUCAAGAAGUCGGCGGUCCCCAAGGGCAUCCCAGAAUCCAUGGUGGAGCGCCGGGAUACCUUUGCGUGGAGGGCGGCACCAGAGGCCAGUCGAUUGCUUGCCACCGUCUCACAGCAUGUGCUCAAGUUUACGCGGACUCUGGCGAGGGACGAGAUUCGUUUUGGACUCAAGGUUGGCAUGGGCGCCUCCCUUUGGGCCAUGUGGGCUUUCAUCGACGUCACCCGCGACUGGUACAUGUACUAUCGCGGCGAAUGGGGCCUGCUGUCGUUCAUGAUCGUUUGCUCCAUGACGGUGGGCGCGUCGAACACGACCGGCUGGGCCCGUUUCCUGGGCACCUUCUUUGGCGCCGUCUUCUCCGUCGUCAACUGGAACCUUAGCCAGGGCAACGCCGUUGCUCUGGCAGCUCUGGGUGCCCUCGUGGCGUUCUGGAACUUUUACCUCAUCGUGGCCCGAGGCAAGGCGCCGCUUGGCCGCAUGACGCUACUGGCGUACAACGUGUCGACAUUGUACGCAUACAGCCUCAGCCAAAAGCUCGACGACGACUACGACGAUGACGAAGGCGAAGGAGGGCGGCAUCCGCUCAUCAUCUUCAUCGCCGAGAAGAGAGCCAUGUCGGUGAUUGCAGGAAUACUGUGGGGGCUCAUCGUCUGCCGGCUCAUCUGGCCCAUCUCGGCUCGCCAAAAGUUCAAGGAAGGCAUCUCGAUGCUGUACCUGCAGAUGGGACUGAUCUGGCGACGCGGACCUCUGGCGAUUCUCCUCCGCAGCGAUUGCACGCAGAGCUACCUUCGCUCGGGCGAACAGGACGCUAUGCAGCGAUACGCCGACCGGCUCGAGGCGCUGCGACAGGCUGCGGCGUCCGAGUUCGAGCUUCGAGGGCCGUUUCCCUUCGAGACGAGCGGUCGCAUCAUGCGCAGCACCAAUCGCAUCCUCGACGGAUUCUACGCCAUGAGUCUCGUGACACAGCUCAAGGGCCGACUGACUCCGGGCGAGCGGGCGUUGCUGCAGUACACGGCGCCGGAACGCGCGGUGCUGUGCGACCGGAUGUGCCACGUCUUCCAGGUCCUGGCCAGCUCCAUGAUGCUGGAAUACCCACUGACCGACGCCGUGCCGAGUGUGGACGGCGUACGGGACCGUCUGCUCAGCAAAAUCUUUGAGUUCCGCAACGCGCAGGAGGUGAUAGAGCCGGGGCUGCGCCGCGGUGAAGGGUCCGCCGCGGAAUUCGGCCUGGACAUUGUGGUGGAAGAGAAGGACUACGCGCUGCUCUACGCGUACGCACUCGUGACCGGCCAGGUCGCCGAGGAGCUCAAGGUGGCAGAGCGAGAGAUGGAGAGCCUCUUUGGAGUGCUCAACGAAGAGUCGUUGCUACUCCAAUAA